CCACAGUCAGGCUGGCGUGAGUGUCUCAGGUUUCACUCACCGUGCAUAGUGAGUUCUUUUUUCCACGAUAUACAGAGCAAGAUAACGACUUGAUUGCUAAUCCAUACGCGAGGUUUGGAAUAAGUAAAAUUGAACUGCCGUUUCAUGAUUCAUUGCCUUUUGAGCUACAAAUUCUAAUUCAUUUUCCGUCAUUCUACAUUCAACAAAAAAUUAUUGCGUAGGCUGUGCAGAUGAAGUAAACUAGAGACCUUCAUCAUGCUGACGUCGGCGACGGCCCUUAUCACUGCCGUCAUGCUGGGCUCCUGCAUCGCCUACAUCAAUCCAGGCUGCAAACUUGUCUACAUCACAUACAUCACAGACGACUGUGUCAUGUCGCUGGAGCUACAAGGCGACAUGCCGUCAUGGCUGCCGCGCGAGGACGUGGCGACUGAGAUUCUUAACGUCAACUACACCUUGUUGGUGGACUUUGCAACCAAGCAAGUGUGCCGUUGCCAGCCUCCAGCUGUCAGCAAAAGCUGUCCCGUCAGCCUGAGCGACGCUGUCAGUCGACUCCUGUCAGCUUGCCCGCUGGUUGCCAGCACUGUGGCGUACAACGCACCUUAAUGCCAGCACUGUGACGUACAACGCACCUUAAUGCCAGCACUGUGGCACACAACGCACCUUAAUGCCAGCACUGUGGGACACAACGCACCUUAAUGCCAGCACUGUGGCACACAACGCACCUUAAUGCCAGCACUGUGGCACACAACGCACCUUAAUGCCAGCACUGUGGCACACAAUGCACCUUAAUGCCAGCACUGUGGUACAGAACCUCCUUUUAAUGGUUAUUACUAUCAUAAGUACAACAUAUUCCAAAUAUUCAUAAGUACAACAUAUAUAUUACUUCUCCUAGGUAUAAAUGUUCAGAUGAAUGCCUGUACUCACAGACAGUGAAUGCUAUUCCAACAAUCGGCAGACGAGUGAUGGUGCAGUUACCUGGGAUUAUCAGCCAAGCUUCGACAGAACUGUAAUGUUUAAGAGAAAACGGUUAGGAAAUUCUGGUCUAGCAUUGCUACUAACAAAUAAAAUCACUAUCUGUCAAAAUUUGGUCUAUCGUUGUGACCAAUCAUAUUUUGAGUUCUUGUCUGUCGUUCUGACUAUCUGCCAAUUUGAUUUCUAGACUGUGUCGUUUUAAUUGUGAUUUUUAUCAGAGAAUAUCAU